AUGAUUGUCGAAAAUGGCGUCAAUCUACUAGCUUUUCCGCAGCCACAUCAUGAAACACUUUGUCGAGCUCGCUUAAAAUAUCUGAAAUUUAUAUUUAUCGAAAAAGUUCAAGGUACUACAACAUAUAACACACUUUUUACAACUACUGGUGUUCCUGUUUACAUAACAUCGACAUCAACGUCAACAACAGCGACGACAUCGACUUCAGCAACAACUACAACAACAACAUCAGCUACUACAACUACGACAGGAACGACUACAACAACACAAUAUAUUUCAAAUGCUGUGGUUAUCUAUCCAAAAGAUAUGGAACUUGCAUGUGUACAACCUGUAGCUAUUUCAGCAGUUAUUAUUACUAGUGUUAUGAUUCCGAUUCAUUUUCUUGCAAUGAUAAAUCUGUUUGUUAAAAUGAACAGUCUUUAUCACAAGAACAUUUUAGGCACACGACGUGCCUAUCGUAAACAUUUAAAACGAGUCUAUACACCUGUAAAAAGCAGUGUUUAG